CCGCCCUCUCACCCCGCUGCCUCUAGGUUCUGGGAAGAUGGCGAAGGUCUCAGAGCUUUACGAUGUCACUUGGGAAGUAUUUGGAGUCCUAAACCCAAGGGCCAAGCAGAUGAGGAAAAUACAUGAUUUGAGUGAAAGACAAUAGUGGCCUACCAGUGCCUAUGAAGAACUGAAAUGCGAGAUAAAAUGAGAAAAUGGAGAGAAGAAAACUCACGAAAUAGUGAGCAAAUUGUGGAAGUUGGAGAAGAAUUAAUUAAUGAAUAUGCUUCUAAGCUUGGAGAUGAUAUUUGGAUCAUAUAUGAACAGGUGAUGAUUGCUGCACUAGACUAUGGUCGGGAUGACUUGGCAUUGCUCUUAUUUUUUCAGUUUUGUCUUCAAGAGCUAAGAAGACAGUUCCCUGGCAGUCACAGAGUCAAGCGAUUAACAGGCAUGAGAUUUGAAGCCAUGGAAAGAUAUGAUGAUGCUAUACAGCUGUAUGAUAGGAUUUUACAAGAAGAUCCAACUAACACUGCUGCAAGAAAGCGUAAGAUUGCCAUUCGAAAAGCCCAGGGGAAAAAUGUGGAGGCCAUUCGGGAACUGAAUGAGUAUCUGGAACAAUUUGUUGGAGACCAAGAAGCCUGGCAUGAACUUGCAGAACUUUAUAUCAAUGAACAUGACUAUGCAAAAGCAGCCUUUUGUUUAGAGGAACUAAUGAUGACUAAUCCACACAACCACUUAUACUGUCAGCAGUAUGCUGAAGUUAAAUAUACCCAAGGUGGACUUGAAAACCUCGAACUUUCAAGAAAGUAUUUUGCACAGGCAUUGAAACUGAACAACAGAAAUAUGAGAGCUUUGUUUGGGCUUUAUAUGUCGGCAAGUCAUAUUGCUUCUAAUCCAAAAGCAAGUGCAAAAACGAAAAAGGACAACAUGAAAUAUGCUAGUUGGGCAGCUAGUCAAAUAAACAGAGCUUAUCAGUUUGCAGGUCGAAGUAAGAAGGAAACCAAAUAUUCUCUUAAGGCAGUCGAAGAUAUGUUGGAAACAUUACAGAUCACCCAGUCUUAAGGUUUCAAAAACUCUGACAUUAGAUUUCAAAACUGCACAAUUGAACUUAUUGGCCUGUAACUUACUUACUAAAUGCCCAGUGCUAUUUAUAUACUACAGUAAUUUUCUGUUAAGAAGGCAGUUGUAAAGAAUGUGUUUAUAUAAACCUAAAAAUGCCUUUUACUGCUAAGUGGGAAGAUGGGGGAAAUCCAUGGAAUAGAGAUUUAAGACUUACUGAUUGUACAUCAGUCUCUUCAUAUCACACAAACACAUAUACACACACACACACACAUACAUAUAAACCUAAUGUAGAAUAACCUUGUUAAAUAAACCGUGAUGAUUUAUUAAACUUGUGUAUGAAGAUUCUCACUUCAUUUUGUUAUAAUAAAUAUAUUGUUUAAGAACUCAGUUUCUAGUUAACUCCUUACUGGUAUAGGAAACAGACAGCGUAUGUAGCUGACAGAAGCAGAUUAUUUUGACUUUGUUUAUAUUGUUGAGUUGGAUUUUGCUGUACAUUUGAGUAGGCUAUUUGAAUUAUUUUCUCUGCUAUAAUGAAUAGUUUCUGAUGAAUCUUCUGAUGAAUCUUGCUUAAAAUAUGUCAUUCUCCAAAGUUCAGCAAUAUUUCUUUGUAAAAUUUUUGUUUUAAUGUAGGACAUAAUUGAGAUUUUUACCUAUAAAAUGCCUUAAGGUAAAUAUGUGUUAUGAAACCUAAAUUUAACUUUUA